AUGGUUUUCUUCGCCGUGGAGGCAGAGCCUUUUGAGGAGUCGCAAGGACGACGAGCGCAGGCGUCUCAAGCUGAACUCCAGUCAUUCUACAAGGAGGCCCAAAAGGGAGAUCUCGAGCGGAAACUCUCCAAACGAAAUUCGAACUCGAAUUCACUCUGGUCGCGCAAAUCGACCAAGCGGAGUUCUGCCCAACCUCAGCAAUCCCAGCCGCCUCCGCCUGUUCCCGGUCCCUCCAGACGGAAUACUGCUCCCCUAACCUCCGCAUCUGCCACUUCACUUGCUCGUCCGCCACCGAGUAUAAGUGAACAUGGGAGCGAAUGGUCGGACUCCGUGGUCUCGUUGCCACUUUCGAGGUCAAUUAUCCCCGACCAGUUGCGAGAAUUGCCAUCCUGGUACCGCGACAGCGCUCAUUACACUACUCGAUAUGCCAUGCACAAUCCUGUGGGCCCCAAAUGGUACAAAAACCACCACCUAAUUCCCUCUUCUUCGGGCACACGUCCGUUGGGGCGCCCACCAUCAGUGUUUUCACCCUCCUUUCCUCCCAUGCCCUCCGGUGACCGCGGAGAUGAUUCUCGUGGAAUGAGCCGUUCGCCUUCUAAAUCACCACUCCCUACACCCAAUUCAUCUCAAAGUGGGGUCGCAGACGACCCAGCCAACAUGCCCCGGUCAAGAAAGACUUCACAAACAGCCCAUGACAAUGUCGAUUUGAUGGAUGGCUCAGAUCCUUGGGGAACUGCUUGGCAUCAUGAGUCCCCGUACGAUGUUGGGAAGAGCAAUACGAGCAGUCCAGUGUCUUUUGACGAGAGUCCUCAGGCUACCCGCUCGCGCACAUCCAGCGUCACCGUCCAAAACCGACGCAAGACAGUCACUCCCUCCCCAUUAUCACAGUCAACUUCUGCAGUCCAUCUACAGGCGCCAGACCCGGGACGCCCGACCCGAAAGCUAAGUAAACGGCGGACUGUUGGAAUUUUCGGGCGGCAUACGGCCUCUGCGCCAGCCAGUCCCGUUGAGGGACUUGACUCUCGUGUCGCCUCCCCGGUUCAGAAGGGUGUGGCUCCUUCCAUAAUUUCCACCGAGACGAAGAAAGGCAGAAGAGGCAGUGUCUUGGGUAGAAUCGCAAAACGGUUCAGCCUGAUGAAGAAACCUACUGUUGUCGCUCCGGUGAUGGAAGUGGUCCGGCAACCCUCGCCGCAAAAGCGGCAACCCAGUCCAGAAAAAGUCUUUUCUCCGGAGCCAACCAAUACCUCACCUGUAUCCCCUCCCUUCCAUCAAGAGACCUCUCUCGUGGUUGUACCCCCUCCAGAGCCACAAAUAUCUACACCUCAGGUCGAGGACGAUAGAUCCUCAAUUUCUCUGGACGCAACAUAUCGAAUGGGUAAACUCAUGGUUGCAAACCCAGACCCGGGCUCUGCAGAGAGCACUCCGAUUCCACGCGAAAUGCAACUACCUUCGGAAACAAAUCAUUUCCGAGAGGAGACCGCAGAUACCUUGGCAUCAACUCCCGAGUUGGAUGCACCAAGAACACAAUCCCCGUUCAUAUUGCCGCAGUCUCCCUCAUUAAAAUCAGUGAACACAGCACCAACGCCGGGUUUGGUGGCGUCUCCGCCAAGUUUGAUAGAAUCACCGGCCCCUGCGCCGUAUUCCCCAGAACCGGCGUCAUCCCCAUCACUGAGUUCAUUGGGUCGACCGUUAUCCGGCCCUCUAUUACCCCCCAUAACUCCAGUCGACCACCAGAUUCUGCUUCCUCAUCGUUCGGAGAGCCCACCGCCACCCACGCCUCUGCCUAAAAGCCCCUUCCCUUCGUUACCCAUUGAUAUUCCGGUAGCGCGCCAAUCUUCUCCGACGAAAGCCAGCCCCACCAAAGCCAGCCCCACCAAAGCCAGUCCCACCAAAGCCAGUCCCAUCAAACUAUCUUCGUCGCCGGAAAAAUCUUCGCGGUCAUUCAACAACGAUCAUCGAUUUGAGCGACCUAUUUCUACUAUCAGGCAAACAGUCGAAUUACCGCCUGUUGUCGCCUCCUCCUCCUCAAGUCGCCGGGUACCUCCUCCAUCCUUGGAUAGUGCCGAGAAAACUCGACCGCCUUCGCCGAAGCUUCCAGCUGUGCCAUUUCCUGUUGACUAUGGGCCUCAACCCACACCUCGACCGGAAAGUAUGGUCAGGUCGCAUAUGACCGCUGCAGACAUCUCGCCUCUCUCUACUUCUUCCAUGCUCGCUAAUCCACCUACGCCCUACAAUCCGGAUACUCAAAUUCCGGAUGACACCGAAUCUAUACCUCCACCAGUCCCUUCCAAACACAAGUCGCGUGACCCCUCGCCAGGCCAAGUUGCUGUGACUGGCAGAGAGACGGAGACGUUCAGACUCGUGCGUAGUGCAUCUGGAACUGUCUAUGCCUCCACUGAGACCAUCCGGGCUGCUGGAGAACAAUGGGAAGUUAUCGAGUCGUCCAAAAGCAAGGAGAAGCGGCGGAAAGGGGAAAAGGAGCCCGAGCCCGAGCGGAAGGGUCGAAGUGAGCGAAAACGGCACUCGCAAGACGCUGCUGGGUCGAAUUCGCAGACGUUCCCGAGAUCUGGCAGUAAUAGUCGUGCCCCUAUUCCUGAAGGUCUCGUUCGGGAAGAGUCUCCUCGCAAACGCGAUGCUAAAGACCGCAAAAUGAAGUUGGACAAGCCCCAGCCUGCUCCGCCGACUCCAAGCCGCAACCUGGACCGCAACCCUUCCAACUCCGCUCGGCCUAUAUCCGAGAUUCCCGCCGCAGAUAUGACCCAAAUGCGAGCACGUGAGGCAUAUGACAUGGAUCGGUUGUGGAAAGCGCGAAGCGUUGGCGGAAUUGAACCAAGUAAUUUUGUGGUCCCUCCGCCGUUACCAUCGAAGGACAAGGUCGUUGAUGUGCAGCAGCUUGGUGUUCAUGGCUCCAGUCACACUGCUUUUGUUAUGUCUGCUCCGUUCCACCAGCCCCCACCAAUCUAUCAUUCGAUGCCGCCUCCGCCAGCUCCGAUGGCUUAUGCGAACGGUGCUCACCGCGCCUCUACAUCGCUUCCACCGCUGUCUAAUCCGCUUCCAGAACCUCCGAGGGAAUCAUCUUACUCACCUGCCCCACUCUCCACCGACUAUUGGGGCAAGCAUGCUAACGCUACCACCGCCCACUGA